CACCAUCCAAUAUUUGAUUCUUCGCCUGUUAAAACUCUCUUUUAAACCCCUCCAAUCUUUCACUGAUUUCUAUUGCAAUCUUGACUCCUUUUUGCAUAAAGUUCCAAUCUUUAUUCUGGGCUCUGAAUUGUUCUUCAAGGAGGCAUUUUGCCAGGAAGUUGGUGGGCUCAUCAUGAACUAAGGGUCUAUUUUCUCUGACUUAACUCAGCUUGGGAUUUGACGACAUUCACCUUACAAUUUAUCCUCAGCUCACCGAAUUGAAAUGAUGCGUGAAAAAUCAAUUCUUGACCCUGGUGGAGAAAUAGAAGUAAGUUUUGGCUAUCAGUGUAGUACAACUGAUGGAUAUGAUAUUCCUUCUGGAAAAAAACUUGAAAGAAAUAAUAGUUCAUUUUCUUGCCUCUCUGGAGCUGCCAUAAGUGCCAAUGCAACAUUAGCCAACACAAAUAUUUGCAAUGGGUUAAUUAGCUCAGAAAUUCUUCCAUCACUAGAUUCCCCAAAGUCAUUUAGAAGAAUUCCCUCUUCGCCGUCAUUCACAAAACUAGAUUUACUAUCAUCUUCCUUCCAAAGUGGCAUGUCUUAUCUGAGUUGCAGCCCGUCUACCCCUGAAAACCUUGAAUUUGAUUCUUUAUUAUCAAAACCCUUGAGUGCACCUUCAAGAAGCGAAGAUUUUCUAAAUGCAGUUGAAGUACAAGUGGCUGGCGGUGCUGCUGGAGAAGAUAGAGUUCAGGCGGUUUGUUCUGAGGAAAAUGGUUGGCUUUUUUGUGCUAUUUAUGAUGGAUUUAAUGGGCGAGAUGCAGCUGAUUUUCUAGCAGGCACUUUUUAUGAAACAAUUAGGUGUAAUUUGAAUUCAUUGGAUAUGGAAUUUGAUUAUUUUCGUGGAGAUGACCACAUAGGGAGGCCUAAAAAUAGAGUUCUUGAUAGCUUAGAACGUUCUCUUAAUCAAGCCGAAAAUGAUUUUCUAUAUAUGGUUGAGCAAGAAAUGGAGGAUAGGCCAGAUAUAGUGUCAGUGGGGUCUUGUGUAUUGGUCGGGCUUUUGCAAGGGAAGGAUUUAUACAUAAUGAAUUUAGGUGAUAGUAGAGCAGUUUUAGCCACAGAUGAUGACGAAACAAAGAUUGAUGAAUUUAAGGGUUUGAAAGCGGUGCAGUUAACAGAUAGUCAUACAGUUGACAAUGAAGCUGAAAGGAAGCAAGUUGUUAGUGAACAUCCUGAUGAUCCGAAGACAAUUGUGCAUGGAAAAGUAAAAGGAAAAUUGAAGGUUACUCGGGCAUUUGGAGUUGGUUAUUUGAAAAAGAAAGUUUUGAACGAUGCUUUGAUGGGUAUUCUUCGGGUUCGUAACCUUCUAAGUCCUCCAUAUGUCACUGUACAACCAUCACUAUGUAUGCACGAAGUUUCAAGCUCCGAUCACUUUGUAAUACUUGCGAGUGAUGGUUUAUUUGAUUUCUUCACAAAUGACGAAGUUGUGAAGCUUGUCCAUUCCUACAUAUCCAGAAAACCGUUUGGGGAUCCGGCAAAAUAUCUAUUAGAGCAGCUUGUACUCAAAGCCGCUAGUUCUGCAGGUUUCAGUACGGAAGAGUUGAUGAGCGUUCCUGCUGGCAGGAGGAGAAAAUAUCACGAUGAUGUGACUGUCAUUGUUAUAAUUUUAGGUACAAAUAAACGCACUUCAAAGGCUUCAACGUGCAUAUAAUUUGUUUCCAUCAAGAUAGUUACUAGCUAGUCCUGUACAGUUUUGCAUUCAAUAACAUUAUUUUGCAUCGUCUAGUCUAUUGUUUGUUUUUGGAUCUUAGUAUAUUAGUAAAUAUAUUUUGUUAUGAA